ACAGAAACGCAUGUCGCAGGCACUUUCGCCGCGGUACUCACAUGUAUUCCUCAAGCGUACGCUAUGUUUCAUACGGGUGACUUGAACAGCGGCAUUACGCUUGCGCUCCAGAGCCGAAAGUCCGUUGCGUGCUUCGUUCGAGAUACGAACGAAGAAAGCCAGAAAUGGGAAGAGAGUUGGCUUCAGGACGAGGAGCUUGCGAGGUUACUGAGUCAAAGAGCUGUGGUGUUGAGGUUGGAAGAGGGAUCUCAGGAGGCGGGCUUUCUGGGUGCAUUUUGCCCGCUCAAGGAGGUUCCGGCUUUGGUGGUCAUACAUAAUGGACAGUUGAAAGAGCACAUCGCGAGUCCGGUCGAUGAAGAUCAAUUCAGAAAGAGGCUGAAGGCGGCGUUGGAUCCAGGAGAGAGCAUACCCAAUUCCGCGAGUGCACAAGGCCCUACACCCUCGAUCACAACACCAGCUUCUACCACUACUCCUACCGCUUCCACCACUACAACAACCCCUACCUCCCCGCCCACAACCUCCCCACCAUCCCGCACCCCAGAGCAGAUCCUCGCCGAGCACCAAGCCCGCGUCGAACACGAACGCAUCGCCCGCGAAGCCCGCCAAAAGCAAGAAGCCGCACAAGCCAAACAACGCGCCCGCGAAGAAGCCGCCGCCCGCCAAUCCCAACCACAAAUCUCGCCCGCAGAGUCCAGCCGCGCCAAAGGCAAGCAGAAAGUCGAGCCCCCAGGCCUCUCCGAGCGCGAGCGCCAAUCUGCUGAGGCGAAACGCAUUCAGCAGACUGCGGCCGAAGAAGCACGCAAGCAUAAGCUUGCGCGCGAGAAGGAUCUCGAGCGCGUUCAGGCUCGCUUACGGCAGGACCAAGAAGAGCGGCGUGCGCAUCAGCGGGCGCGCGAGCGCGAGCGCGAGGCUGUGGGUGUGGGUGUAGGUGCGGGUGCGAGUGCAGGUGCAGGGGCAGCGAGGAGCACACCUAGUCCGCGGCCGCAGACGAGUCGGACGACGAGUGCGGUGGGGAAGAAUGUGAGCUUACAGGUCAGACUGUUUGACGGGAGUACGGUGCGGAAGAGUUUCCCGUCGGCGGAGAAUCUGACGACAGCCGUGAGGCCGUGGGUGGAUGGGCAAUUGGAAGAAGCACCGCCACCGUACACGUUCCGGCAUAUCCAGGCGCCGCUGCCGAGUCGGGAGAUAUCGAUGUCGGAAGAGGCGUCGCCGCUGGCUGAGCUGGGGUUGUUCCCGUCUGCUACGCUUGUGCUUGUUCCUGUUGCGGGAUACACGAGUGCGUAUGCUUCGGGACAGGGCGAUGGGUAUCUGGGUACGGUUCAAAGAGGUACGACGGGGGUGUUUGGGCUGGUUGGUAGUGCAAUAGGGGCUGUUGUGGGUACCAUGAGGGCUGUACCUGGGCUUAGGCUUCUUGUGUCGCCCGGCACAGAUGGUUCACAGGAUGGGAGGGCAUCGGCGCCCCAGCAAGGACGUACUAUGGACCAGUCGAGUUCAAGUGGUGCGCAGGGUACGCAAAACAACUCAUCUGGUUCUGGACUGAAGAUUAGGACAUUGGCAGAUCAGAGGAGGGAAGCGGGCAGGGAUGAUACGGAGCUGUAUAAUGGUAACCAGCUCAACUUUGAGCCCAGAGAUGACGACAAUAAGUAGUCAGUCAUGCUCGCAUAGUCCAGUUUCGUCUUAAUAGCACGAUAUGCGGAGAUUAAUGCCAUAUAUAUGAGCAGAGAGGGUUUAUGAUUGAGAUGCUAUGCUUUAGUGAUUUGCCCCCCAACGUACAUAUUGGAAGACAGCAUGCAAGUCGAGUUUUAUACACAUUUAUAAAUAACGGCUGUC